CAAAGAACCUCCGGGCACUCUCGGGGGUAACCAGCCUUUGCAAUGGCCGCAUCUUUGACGGGAAAGAAGAUCGUGUUUGUGACGGGAAACGCAAAGAAGCUGGAGGAGGUCAUUCAGAUUCUAGGAGAUAAGUUUCCAUGCACUUUGGUGGCACAGAAAAUUGACCUGCCUGAGUACCAGGGAGAGCCAGAUGAAAUCUCCAUACAGAAGUGUAAGGAGGCAGCUCGCCAGGUGCAGGGUCCUGUACUGGUGGAGGAUACCUGUCUGUGCUUUAAUGCCCUCGGGGGGCUCCCUGGCCCCUACAUAAAAUGGUUUCUAGAGAAGCUAAAGCCUGAAGGCCUCCACCAGCUCCUGGCCGGCUUUGAGGACAAAUCAGCCUAUGCACUUUGCACAUUUGCACUCAGCACCGGAGACCCAAGCCAGCCAGUACUCCUGUUCAGGGGCCAGACCUCGGGCCAGAUCGUGAUGCCACGAGGCUCCCGGGACUUUGGCUGGGAUCCCUGCUUUCAGCCUGAUGGAUAUGAGCAAACUUAUGCAGAGAUGCCAAAGGCUGAGAAGAACACCAUUUCUCAUCGAUUCCGGGCCCUGCUCAAGCUACAAGAAUACUUCAGUGUGACUGCUGGGGCUGGUGGCCACUAAGGUCAUGGGUGAGGGCAGGACUGGUGCAGAACUCUGCAGGAGACAGGCACUCCUGGCAAGUAUUUCCCUGGGUUCCCUUUGCCAGGGAUCCAGGCAGCUUCAACAGCCAGGGAUGGAAGAGCAGUGUGCUCUGUAUAGGGGAAUUCUGGGCCAGUUAACACUAACUCUUGCCCUUUGGGAUUCGAGAGUUGCCUUUGGCCUGGCCUAGUGGUGUAUACCUUUAGUCCCAGAAUUUUGGAGGCAAACAUAUCUUUGUGAGUUCAAGGCCAGCCUGGUUUACAUAGUGAAUUCCAGGACAGCCAGAGCUAAAUAGUGAGAUGCUAUCUCAAAACAAAAACAAAAAAACAGUUGCUUUUGCAGCCUCUGGGAUCCUGAGAGAACUUUGUGUGUUCAUACUUCUUAGCUGGGUUGAGAGCUGGCAAAGAAACACACAACCUUUGAUUUUAGAAUGCAGCAAAUACAUGUAAAUAAGGAAGACAUGUUUCCAGAAUAAAUGGUAUAUCUGUCUUGA